UAUUCCAAGUGCUUUAUAUAAGUCUCAUUCUCUAAACUUUGGUAAUAAACACUAUCUUUGCUGUAUAAAUGAAAUAGAUUUUUGCGUACAAAUUCACAUAGGACCAGUCUUUUAUGCAAUCUCCUAUGGUGUUUAUCUGUCAGAUAAUGUCAGGGAAGCGAUUUAUUGUCGUAAUUUGCUUCGAGCUCUAAAAAUUAUUGUCCACGCUGAAAAGUUUCUAAAUCACACAAAGAAACGCGAGGCUUCGCUCAAAUUUCACUACUUUUAAGAUGAUGUGGUUCCUUGAGGUUCUGAGCGAUAUUUCUAACUUUAGUAGUAGUCACGCUUCAUCUACAGAGACGGCGGUUCAUGAGACCGACUCCGAGCCCCAAAAUGAAGACAAGUCAGUGAUACCGAGUAUUAGUUACGGGCUGGGAAUCGAGAACAAGGGACUUGAGCCCGAGAGCAUCGAGCAGCCUGGACAGCAGAUCCUGCAGUUUCCGCGCCCUCUCUCAUCCAUCGAAGACAAACAACUCAGCAGACUGGCGGAGCACGACACGUGGACACAAAAUGGUCCUCGUCCCAGGGCACUCUCAGCAUCGUUCAGUCGAGCGGGUAACCUGAGAGGUUUCAUCCGGGGACUAAAGAAAGAGCCUGAGAUCGAGGCUGUUGAGAUAAGACGAGGUUACAAAGGUGAAUUAGGGUUUAUGAUAGAGGGAGGGGUCGAUGAGCCACGUGGAGACAGAGAGCCUGGAAUAUUUGUCAAGUCGGUGAUGCCUGGGACGCACUCGUACGGUAAAGUUCUCCCUGGAGACAGAAUACUCUCGGUCAAUGGGGUCAAUAUAGCAAAUGCUACUCGCAAACAAGCCAAACUUAUAAUCUCAAAAGCUAUGAGUCGUACAGUUCAGUUUACCAUCAAGCGAGCAUCGAAACGCCAGCAAACUGUGGACAAUGCCUUGACGUUCACAGACCAAGAGGCAGCGAAGUUGUUCAGCAGAGAGCAGAUUGAGGAGUUUGAAGAUGCGUUCUCCGUGUAUAACAAGGAUGGCUCUGACAACAUCAAGACGACGUUAGUGUUUAACCUGAUUCGAUCACUUGGACACAAUCCACCUGAACAUGAAGUCUGGGAGUAUCUUAACGAGUUGGGCCUUACAGCAAAUUCCAAGCUGAAAUUCCGCGACUUUGUCAAGCUGAUGGCUGUCAUCAUCACCGAGCAAAAUACAGAAAAAGAGAUCAACAGCGCCCUCAAUGUCUUCGAUACGGACCAGCGGGGUUACAUCACAGUAGAAGAGCUUGUAGAAGCCAUAGACAGGAUGCCUGGCCGCUCUCGCAUAAGGGACUGGGAACUAAAGGAGAUUGUGCGUAAGGCAGAUCCGGCUCAACGAGGGAUGAUUCCUAUCAAAGAAUUCAGAAAUCUUCUUCUCCCAUCGAUAUCAUUAUAUUAGUAUCAAUGCCCAAAGUCAGCUUAAUGCAGCAUUUUGGAAGACCCAGUGCCUGCACCCAUAAAUAUUUUAUUAUCCAAGUAAAGCAGUCUGGCAAGCUAAAGCUUCUUCAAUGGUAGAGGCGAAACGAGGGCGAUCAGUCUAGGCUAUAGCGCUUGAUCGCGUUUCCUGUGGUCGAAAUGCCGUGACUUUACAAAAAACGGGGUUCGUCCCAGAGCGGGGGCACUUCCUUACGGUUUAUCUGCGAGUAUUUAUAAGCCGUAAGAACACCUGGAACUGAACUGUGGGACACGCAAAAUUCAUUCAGUAAGAGGGGUAGGAGAGGAGAGAGAUUAUUCAUUGGGGCCGCGUAACUGCUUCAGGUUGGAGGGGAGCAGCUCCGUGACUCUUAAAUCUAGUAACUGCUGAACUUUGUUUUCUUUACGAAGCUUUGGUGAUCGAGAAAAUGCAAAUAUACAAAAAGACGUUCGUGCGCCUUAUUUUAUGCAAAGUUUAAUGUGCCAGUAAUACGUACUAAUCACCUAUUUGAUAAUUCUAAUUUUAUGAAAAAGAAUGUCGAUUAUCUUUUUUGUUUUGACUAAUAAACUUGAGUCUUUGUAUUUUUUAAA